GUUAAAGCAAUAAUCUCAAACUGGUCAAGUAUACCAAUAGUAAACAUCGGUGUUUCCUAGUCAAAAUAUUGAAAAUAAGUAUUUUAACAACAUAUUAAUGUGAGUUACCUUAAUAAUUUUUAGAAUUCGCUAUACAAUGCUUUAUACAAAUCGGCAAAUUUUUCAAGGUUUAAAUAGAAUCAAGUUCGUAAACAGUGACCGAUUCUGCGAGGAUAAAAAGUUUUCAUGUCUAUUGCGUAAAGCUUAUUCUACUGCAGUCUUUUCAACUGAAACUGCUCCAAGUCAUCAAGAUGACUCCAGUGAUUCAUUUGGUACUUUAAAGAAAUCUCUUGAAAAAUGUAAAAAAGUAUCUACUAAUAAACGAGUGGUGCGUAUUAAAAAAUUUUCUCCUAGAAAAACUGAUGGAGCUAAUGUUUUUGGUAAACUAUCCGAUAAAGAUCCUAUGUGGUAUCCAGAUAUAAGGGAAGUGCCCAAAAUUGACAAUGAUCAGACUGAUGAUAGCACAAUGGUGCGAAAUAUUAGCAGAUGGUACAGAGAUCCUACAGCUUACUUAGAAAAAAUGAAAACUCUUGUCAAGGAAAAACGGUUGAAAGAUGCUUUGGAUCUUUUUGUUGAGAUGAAGAGAAAUUUUGUGGUUCCGCAGAAAUACCACUUUACAUUUAUGAUUGGUGCUUGUGGGAGGGCAGGCUACACAGAAAUGGCUUUCAAACUUCUUAGACAGAUGACUGAUCGUGGAAUGAAACCUUCUCCUGCUACACUUACAGGACUUUUCAAUUCCUGUGGAGAGAGUCCUUAUCCUGAAUAUGGACUAAAAAAAGCCAAGUCACUGAAAGAAAAAAUUGAAAUUAAGAACUGGGAAAUGAAUCAAAUAACAUACCAUGCUAUGAUAAAAGCCUUCGGACGUUGCGGGGACAUAGAAACUGCUUUUCAAAUUGUUGAUGAAAUGGCUGCAGCUGACAUUAAAAUUGAUGUUUCAACAUAUAGCUUUUUGCUGAUGAGUUGUGUGGAAGACAAAAAGUCUGGGUUUACGCAUGCGAUUGAAGUUUGGCGUAAAAUGAAGGAACGGAAAUGUAUGCCUAAUGUUUUUACAUGCAAUCUUCUUUUGAGAGCUGUUCGUGAUUGCAGUAUUGGUCCAGACGAAAUCUCUUGCCUUCUACUCCAACACUGGAGUAAUUACUUAAAAAGACCAUAUGGCUUUAAAAGAAAAGAAAUCACCUUUAGUGAACCUAAACCUAUCCUACAAAUUGAAAGCUCGGGCAAAAUCGAGAACAUUGAAGAUCUUACUUCGGAGGUUAUUGAUAACACCGAAAAACUACUUAAUUCUAAGACAUUUGAGAAAAAAGAUUCUGAGCAAUCAACAUCUCAUAUAAUUGAAGCACCAGAUCCUUCUUUUAGCUUACAGGUUACAACAGUUUCCCCUAGUGUUUUGGGAGUAAGACCUGAAGGUUCAACUGAUGUGUUAGAUCUAAAAGCAAUCAAAACUCCUAGUGAUAGAAUGGCUCUGUUAGGUGGUGCCAAAGGAUUCCUUGAAGAUAUGAAGAAAGAUGAAAUAAAACCUUCCAUCAAAACUUUCACCCUUCUCUUAGAAAGCUUACCUCCAUAUUUUGAGAUUGAAGAAGAACUAAUCACUCUUUUAGAUAUUUAUAAUGUCUCACCUGAUAUUGGAUUCUUCAAUAUUCUGAUGAAAAGAAGGAUUUUUAGACAUGAAGGUUUUGCUGCUAAGCAAGUUUUGGAGUUAGUUAGCAAAUGGGGCCUUUGUCCAGAUGUUAUAACUUUUGGUGUUUUAGCUACAGGAUGUCGGACUUACAGUCAAGCUCUUACAUACUUAAAUGAUUUAAAAAAUUUAGGAUUUUGCCCAAAUAUUGAAAUUGCAGGAGCUCUUUUGGCAAAUGCUUGUACAAGUUUUGAUUUGGAAUAUUUGCAACACAUUUUAGUUUUGAUGCAAAAACAAGAUAUUAAACCAAAUGAGCGACUUUUGAGAAAGUUAGAUAAAACUUUACAAACUGCAAAGAAAAAUAUAAUUGAUAUGGAACAUGGAAAAAAGGUGCAUCAAUGCUUUAAAAGAGAAAACUUUUCUAAAUUGUACAAAGAAUUCUGUGAAUUUUACGAUACCUGGUUGCCAAGUAUGAAAUUCGAAAAUGAAGAAAAUGUGUGGUCUCAAUAUAAAACAGAAAUUGUUGAAAAAAUUGUUCUUGAACCUUGUAAAAUAUUACCAAGAACUGAAUAAAUAAUUUUUUUAUUUCGUUCCUUAAA